AGAUAUCCGUGCGAGAGGAAGGUCUUACAUUUAUUGCAUCUGAUCCGCAACAACAAGCCCAUUUAUCAAAAAUGCAUGAGGCGAAUGAAAUGCAAACAGCAGUCUGAUGAACAGCAAAACUUAAGUUCCACUCCCAUAUCGCUUUCCGAUCCAAACUAGUUGGUGGCAUGUUUAGGGGGUGAUUUAAUACGAGCUGCUUGAACAGGCUCAUGGUACUGCUGCUGCUGCGCCAAUGCAGGCUGCUCAUAGCGAGGUCAGCCACAGGAUCAAACAGGUGUUUAAAAAAAUUUAUAAGCGCUGGCAUUUUUUUUUUUAAGUGUUUGUGUUAAUUUGCAGCCUGUGUGUUUUGUUUAUGUUUCUAAAAAAAAAAAAAAAAAAAAAAGAUACCUUGCAAAUAUUUUCUGUAGAUUAUACCAGACUUUGAGAGAUGAUUGUUUAAAAAAAACAAUCAAGUCUGUUCUAUACAUCAGAAAUAAAGUAACCGAAAUAUAUAUGUUACAGGGGCACAAUACUGAUACAGUUGGUUGUAAAGACGCAUUUUAGUGAAUAAAUGAAUUACAAAAUCAGAGUGUAACAGUAAAAGUAAAUGUAUAGGAAGCUUCCAGGGGCGAUUUAAUCACUGCCAUCCCGGCUGUAAGUCAGUGGAGCAGAUCAGGGCUGCCGGAGCGGGGAACAGACGUGCAUGGCUCCCACAUGCCCGAGUGUCUCCGCCGCAACCCGACCACCCUUUGCCUCGGUCCGCCAGGUUAAAGCCCCGCAAUCAAACUUUUCUGUACAUUUCCACGUCACCUGGACGCCAAACAUAAAUUUGGCAUCCUAUGCAAAUAUAUGCUGACGUAAAAGAUCAUGUGGUUUUUGUCGUCGAUCCCCCCUAUGAGCAACGAGGAGGCUUUUUUUUUCCUCCUCUCUACUGUUGUCUUUAGGUUAGCUAUGCUACAAUCUUUACUGUACCCAGCGCUAGCUAUAUGCGCUCCGCACCGCACCACUCUGGAUAUCUGGGAAUAAUCAACUUCGAGCCUGUCGCACCCCGCAACAACACACCACUCACAGCCUGACUGACUGACUGGCUCCCUCUCUUUCCGCUGGCUGCUGCUAGCGACCGUCCCCUCCAUCACAGCCUCUCAGAGUGGGAAUCACCUUGCUAUCACCCAGCGAAGCUCCACAGCAACCAAACUAGAAAUAAAACAGUUUGACCCUUGGCUGUCAGACACUAGCGAAGAGUCCCCCAAGUGCUGCUGAUUUGACCGGCCUUCAAGAAGGAGACAACAGACGAAAAGAGAGGAAGAGAAGGAAAGAUUGUUUGGCGGAGGAAGUGGAAGUUUAUACCAGAGCCCCACCCACCUUGGUGAAGCCCCUCCCCUUAGAGGAAGUGCACUUGACCCCCGCUGCUGUCUGUGAUGCCCUCCCAUGACGCCCAGGCUGGGAGCUGACACUGCUGGUGAGCGGGAAACGCCACUGCACAGCCGGUCCUGGGCCCGCGCCAUCAGCUGGUUUUCACCCUCGCUCUUGCACGCUGGAGACUACUCCUCUACCCACCAACCAGUAUCCACAAUCAUCAGCUACAAUCCACCUCAGUAAGGUUCGCUUAAAAGUUCCCCAAUAAACCGAUAACCUCGGUCACCAGCACUAUCAGCCAAAAUCCAGUCUUUUCAACACAAUCAGCAGCACCAGCACAGCUAUUACCACCACCAGCAACAGCCAUAAUGUCCAGUCGUAGAAAGUCCUCCACACCUUGCAUGGUCCGGGUCAUAAGCGACCUGCCUAAUGAGCAAGGAGACCUCGAAGAUGUGAUGGAUAUGGAAAAACUGGCUGCCAACAUCAUGACAGCGUACAAACAGUCAGAUCCAUUGGAAUGCGAUGAAAAGCAAGAUCCACAACAGAAGAAUCCAGAGAACCCGGACCAGGGGACAUUUCUAAAACAAGUGAAAACACAAAACCUUGAGCCAUUAGUACAAGAAGUGGAGUCUGAUAAAGAAGAUCAAACUCAUGUUAAGGAAAUUGUAGACAUCAGUGGACUGAAAGACAAAGAAACUGAAUCUGAACAGGUGUCAGAGAAAAAGCAGCCUAGAGGCUACAAAUGCAAAUACUGUCCAUUUCUGACUCAAAAUUUGAGUGACUUUAAGGAACAUGUAGACUCCAGUCACCCUAACGUCAUUCUGAAUCCACUGUAUCUCUGUGCCAUGUGCAACUUCAGUACCAAGAAGUUUGACUCGCUUACAGAGCAUAAUGAAAGCCAGCACCCAGGUGAGACAAACUUUAAGUUUAAAAGGAUACAAAGGAACAAUCAAACUAUUUUAGAGCAGACAAUCGAAGGCAAAGACAAUUCAGCUAAAUGCAAAAUGACAAAUGAGCAAGGUGAAGGCAACAGCAGCUCCAUGUUUCCACCUUGCAUAUCUACAACAGUAAAAACACCCGGUAACAUGCAGUCACUCUUUGGAGGAGCACAACUUCAAAGCAAACUGGAUGGUUUGAUCCAGAAAGAUCAGAUCACAGCAUUGAACAUCAAUGGAACAGUUAUCAUACCUGAACCCACCAUGCUUCAAGGGCUCUCUCAUGUCACCCCAAUGCUUCAGCGCCCACCCAAUUUUAACUCUGUACCAAAAAUAGCUGUUCCCUUGAACACCACCAAAUACAACCCUUCCUUAGAUGACAAUUUGACAUUGAUCUCAUCCUUUAACAAGUUUCCUUACCCAACUCACGCCGAGCUGUCAUGGCUCACGGCUGCCUCCAAGCAUCCGGAGGAGCAGAUCAAAGUCUGGUUCACCACCCAGCGGCUGAAGCAAGGCAUCACCUGGUCCCCAGAGGAGGUGGAGGAAGCCAGAAAGAAAAUGUUUAAUGGUUCUAUUCCUCCUGCCCAUCACAUGUUUACCAGCCCUAUAUCUCAUCCCUCUGCCAAAGCCUCCAAACAGGCUGUCGUUCACACAACUGUUGAGCAUCCAGGUCAGGUGCGGACAACUGUGUCCACUGAGUUAAGUAUUGUCUCCACCACAAAUUCUCCUGCAGGGUUGACGAUAGGUUCCAGCCACAACCUUAAACGGUCCCUGCCCACACACCUAGCGUCACCGCUGGGUCCCGAGGCAAAGCGACCCAUCAUGGCAGUAGCUCCCCAUUCUGGUGACCCUAAAGACAAACUUCUUAUGGCUCCACCACCACCACCUCCACCACAAAAAGAUCGCCUACCAAUGGCUCCACCACCAGUUCCUAUGGAGAUGAAAAGACCUGGAGCAGCUCCACUAGUCAAAGCAGAAAUGAAGAGGCCAUCUUUCCCUGUGCCUUCAAUGCUCCCACCAUCUUCAUCGUCAUCACUAUUAUUGUCCUCCAAAGGGAAGAUUCUCUCUGCAGCUGGAAAUUCCAAGACAAAGCCGGUAAUGUCUUUACCUUCCAUGAUGUUUCCAGAGUCCCUAACAAGGCCAAUGAUAGCUCCUCCACCUAUAUAUGCCCCAUCAUUUAAAAAGUCUUUGCUCGUCCCUCGUAGUACAACUAUUAGUCCCAAAGAAAAACAUGGUAAUACUCACCCUUUGCCUGAUUUGAACCUGCAAAACUCUCCUUCACUGAUAAACUCUCACAUAAGGCGGCCAACCAUCAUCCAGUCUGUUCGCAGUCCAGCUAAAGUCCCUUCGCAAAUUCAGGGGUUCCCUAUGGAGGUCAAGAAACUAAAGGAGCAUCAGAGUUUGGAACUGAAUGCCAGCUACCCCAGAGGAGAUAAGAUUGUCAGUCCUCUCACAGAGGCUAAUGGGACAACUUGCAUGGAUGUUAAGUUGUUACAGGAUCAGACCUUCCCUGCUCCCAAUAACGGAUAUAUACAUUUGGAUGGGGGCGAUGCACCAGCCCCAUAUAAACAAGAUUUUAAUCAAAAGUCCUCAGUGAUGACUCAGUUCCCUUUGCUGGAAAGGAUGAAAGGAAAAACAGCAAAACAACUGAAGGUCUUGGAGGAGAAUUUCUUGCGGAACAGCUUUCCCACACAUAGCGAUGUGGACAAUCUUGCAGCCACGACCCGCCUGUCUCAUCAGGAAAUUGACAGCUGGUUUGUGGAGCGCCGUGCACUACGAGACAACCUGGAACAAGCCCUUCUGAACUCAAUGGGAACCAAGAAGGGCAUCAGUGGUACCCCUGGUAUAGGGGAGAAACAACUACACCCGCAGCAGCAACAGCAUCAAACUCUACAGCUGAAUGGGUUCCACAAAACAAACACUAAGGCGGUCAAUCUUAAAAGCCCUCCUUUAACUUCACAUGCCCUUUCCAUUGCUUCCCCAAUCCCUAACUUCAAUACCUGCUCAGUGCCUCCAGACAGCCGAUCGCUGGCACUCCUCAAGGACGAUUUUGCUCAAACACGGUGGCCUUCCCCUGAGGAGUUGCACCAGCUGGAGGGUCAGAAAGGACUUGCUCGCUCCGAGAUCGCUCGCUGGUUCAGUGACACUCGGCUACAGAGUAUGGAGCUAAAAGAACUCUUUCACAACAAUGGAUUAAAUGGAGGGCAGGGGCAACCUGUGUGUUCCCCUGAGAGAAAUUCAUCCAGUAUCAUCCAGCGUUGUCAGCAAGGAGCCGUAACAAACAACAACAAAGUACUGGAGCUGGAGCUGGGCUGGCUCUUGGACCAGCGUUCCAACAGUCUCAACAAUCAACAGCACACUGAGCUCCAAGACAAGUUUGCUGGCAGCCUGAGGCAGCAGAGUAUGGCCGGUAUGAAAAACGGGGCCCAGAAUGGGGAGGUCAUGGGAGGAGCGCGGGAGGUGUUCGGGAGCUGGCUGGAGGAUGGACCUCUGAGGAGGGGACGGGAGCUGCUCUUGGACAGAGAGAGGAAGAUGGCAGAGGAGACAUCUGGACGGCUUACAGGAUAAAGGAGAGAGAUUUGCCGCCAUCACUGCUGCUGGAAACAUACAGGAGGAAAGAAUCUGAAGAAUGGAGAAACAAACUUUUUUAUUUUUAUUUUAAUUAACAGAUAUUGUACUGUAUUAUUAUUUUUUUCAAACCAAUUCUUAUCUCUUGAUUGUCGCAUCCGAGGUCACGCACAACAUCCUCCUCCAUCCCGUUUGAGGUAACCUCGUCCUUGUUUUCCUCCUGAAGUGACCCUGGCACAGAAGUGAUUUUAUGUUUAAAUAAGCCUGGGCUUUAGAUGCGGCCGGAUUUAUUGGGGGACAUGAGCCAGCACCCAUACUGAAAUAUGAAGAGCUCAAAUAAGAAAUCAGGGUCACAAUCUGUGAAAGUAAUUGAAAAAUCCCUCCCUUUUUAUUAGAGUUCAUAUUCAUGCUUCCAGUUUUCAUAGCAAUGUGGGUUUAAAAAAAGUAUUAUACAGGCAAAGCAGGAGGUAUUAGGCUAAUGUGCAGAGAUGAGCUUUGGUGCACAAACAUGACUGAAAGACUGAUUUAAAAUCCUGUAAACAAUCAUAUUUACUAAUUAAAGAUAUCAGUGUGCAGGAGCUCCAAUUGAAAGUGUUUCUGAUUACGACACGUUUAGUUUUCCAUAAAGUCUAACUAUUUACAGACCGGUUUGUGUUUUUUUUUUAGGCUCUUCAAGGUUUCAAACGAAUAUGGUUUCAAAACCACUGUUCUAUGGUUUAAAGUGCGUUUGAUGUUUUUCUUUCUGCCAUAACUUCCCACUGCCUGUCAGCUGGCUGAAAGAAGGCUACUUAAAACCAUCUGUUUGAGUAUAUUCCCUGUCCAAAAGAAAUCACUAACAGCCAUGGUGUGGUGCCUGCAAUAACUCCUAUUAUAUUAAUAUAGUUUUAAAACUAUAGUAGGCCUGGUACGCAGUUGGCUGCAGGCUGGUUAUCGGAGCAGGGAGCCCAACUAAGUAUCCAGCUACUAUCAGCUUGUUAGGCUCCCAGCGUUACUCUAUAACCAAAUUCCAAAAAUGUAUAAUAAUCUGUGCAAUAAGCACUUGUGCUCUAUAAUUUUAAAAUCAAAAUGACACAAAAUAAUGUUAUAGAUAACUUUAUUAAAACCUAAAUAUUAAAUAUGGGUUAUAAUCAUCAGAAGUAGAACAAAUUGUUGCUUUUCCAUUUUCAGUAAGAGCAGUUGGGUCAUGUUGUACAUUUUUGCCUUUUUUCUAAAGAACAAAACUCUUUUAAUGCUUAAUAAUGAACUGUUUUUUACAUGCAUUUAUAAUAAAAUCACAUGAUGUCACACCACUCCUAGAUUUUUAUGAAUUUACCCAUUAGUAUUUUAGUUUUUGACUUACUGACUGAAUGGACACCAUUCUAAAAUCAUAUGAGGACCAGUUAGCUUUUUGGUACCAUUCCUUCAAAUUCAAGUUAAAUUGGGUCUGUAGUUGUUAAACUGGGUAUGUUUAAAAUGCAGAACAAUGCAAUAAAACUGCUGUUCUCUGACAUUUUACAGAUGAAAUAAAGGUACUAAACUCACAAACUGGGAUUUAAUGAAUCUGUGUUUAGUCUUGGAUUCCUUAUCUAACAAGUGAAAGGGUGUCGGUUUUGAAAAAGCGCUGAACAGAGUCAACCCAGAUGGCAAAGAAGCAGUGCAAUGGCUGUGUGUCGUAGUCUAAAAACUGGAAACAUGAUUGUGAUUAAAGCAAAAACUUUGUACUUUUUUAUUCCAAAAUACAUUAAAAUGAGUCCCUGAUUAAAAUGAAUGGCAAAUGGUGCACCUUUUGUGACAAUUUGCUAUUUGCAUGUAAAAUAACUUGAGAAAGAUUUUUACUUGGCAAACUGUUGGACCAGAAGUGGUCAAAUUGAAACUUUGCUCUUGAAGUUAAAUAUGUUAAACUUCAGGUUACAUCCAUUCAUUAACUCAUUUUCUUUUAGUGAGGGAUUUGAAUUUUUCUGAACCUUUCACCUAAAGGAACCCUUUACUUGUUGUGUUUUUUUUUUUACUUCCCGACCUGUUUGUUUACAGUCUAACCAUUGCAUGUAUAAGUAGACUUCUUUCAUGAUCUGUGCUUUACUAUAAGCCCCUUAAUAACCCUGUUAAAACCCAGAACCCUUCCAGAAAGUGAGCCUGUAGGAAGCAGAUUAGAGCCAGCUGUUAAACUGGACCGUUGGGCGGCGGAGUGACGAUUGAGCCGAUGUUGUGCGUGACCUGCGUUGCUUUGGAGAUGUGAGGAUGAUGAGGAGGAACGUGAACUGGAGCACUGAAUGUGUGCCUGCAGCAACAGUUUGACUUUACACACGAAUCGACAGAUCGACGAAUCAACCGAUGGAUCAUCAGACAGGUUGGAUCUAAAACAAACAAACAAACAUGGAAAAAAAAAAGACAGACAAAACAUAAUCGCCGCGUGCCAAAGCUGGGAUCUGCUGCAUUUUCACUACACUUUUAAAAAAAAGGGUUCUUCUUCUUCUUGUCAUUGUAAAUAGGAUAUACAUGUUUGUUUUUUUGUUUUUUUGCCUGUAUUGAUAGAUUUGUAAAAUUUGCA